AUGACAAGAAAUGGCACUGAAGUAACUGAAUUCUAUCUGCUUGGAUUUAGUGCCAAACAAGAGUUUUACUAUGUCCUCUUCAUUGUAUUUCUGGUGAUCUAUCUGAUGUCCAUGGUGGGUAAUACUGGGAUGAUUUUACUCACCAACACUGAUUCUAGACUUCAGACACCCAUGUAUUUUUUCUUACAACACUUAGCUUUUGUUGAUAUCUGUUAUACAUCUGCUAUCACUCCAAAGAUGCUAAAAAACUUUAUAGUACAAAAUAAAUCAAUAACUUUUGGGGGGUGUUUAAUGCAAUUAUUUAUUUAUGCAGUAUUUGCAACCAGCGACUGUUACCUCCUGGCAGCAAUGGCAGUGGACCGUUAUGUUGCCAUCUGUAAGCCUCUUCACUAUUCUGUAGUCAUGUCUCACAGAGUCUGCACCCAAUUGGUAGCUGGCUCAUAUCUCAUGGGGUCAAUAAAUGCCUCUGUACACACAGGCUUUACAUUUUCACUCUCCUUCUGUAAGUCCAAAAUUAAUCACUUUUUCUGUGAUAUUCCCCCCAUUAUCAGCCUUUCCUGCUCUAACAAUGACAUCAACUUCAUGCUAAUUUUGAUCUUUGUAGGGUUUAACUUGACAUUCACUGUAUUGGUUGUUAUCUUCUCAUACAUAUACAUCAUAGCCACCAUCCUAAAGAUGUCUUCUACUGCUGGGAGGAAGAAAACCUUCUCUACAUGUGCCUCCCACCUGACAGCAGUCACCAUUUUCUGCAUAACCCUCUCUUACAUGUACUUAGAGCUUCACUCUGAUGAUUCCCAGGAGAAUAUGAAAGUGGCCUCCAUAUUUCACGGCAUUAUGAUUCCCAUGUUGAAUCCUUUGAUUUACAGCUCGAGAAAUAAAGAAGUAAAAGAUGCUAUAAAAGUGACAGGGAAAAAGUUCUUCAGAUUGGAUCCAAAUUGA